UGUUUUUUCUUUGCUUAUUUGUGUCAUGGGAGAUUGAUUCAGGUGGAAUGAUUCUACAGCUUCCCCUUUUAUGGCAGUUUGUAGAUAGCUUGGAUAAAUCAGUUCCUGGAUUCCUUCAGCUUCUGCUCUUCAAGAAAUUCCAGGGAUAAUAAAUUAGUAAAUUCCCCUCCAAAUAGUCACCAACGGUCAAGGGAUCAUAAAAAUCCCUCUAGUUUUUCAAUUAUCAAAACGUAUCACAAUGUCCUUUCUCGUACACACUUGCAUGUGUAUGAGUAUGGGUGCAUAGAUAGGUGUGGGUUCAAAGUAAGAUUUAUGCGAAACUUGUGUGGUCCAAUGAUCCUCCCAACUCUGUUGGACAUGAUGGAUUUGCUUGGUUGUAUUUUAUAGCGCUCCAGAGUCAAUAGAUUUCUGAAUUUCUGAUUGAAAGGAUUGCUCCUUCCUGGGCUUAUCUAUUUCAUCCCGUUUGACAUAUAUAUGUCAUUCUUUAAAAAGAUAGUAGAAUAGAUACUAGAUAACCAACUGUCAAGCUUGUUCUCAUUGUACCACAAGUGAUCCUGAGGUACUCCCCAUUAGUGGACAUAAACAUGGAAGAAUCCAAGAAAAGUGUCCAAAUAAUGACUAAAGAAGUCAGGGAACAGGAAGUCCUGAAGAUAUCUCCAAAACGUGAACUGACGAAGUCACUUAUUUGGGUUUCUUUUGCAUCCAGCAUCCUAAGUGUGCAUUAUGGUUACUUUAUCUGGAUAGUUUAUUCACCUGGUGUGCUGUUGCAAAAAUUUUUUAACACCACUUCUUUCGAACAAUCUUCAAGAAAAUAUGAAGUACUUGAGUUGGCAAUCAAUAUUGCUAUAAUCCCACUUGGAGGUAUAUUUGCCUCAGUGAUGGCUGGGUUUUUGGCUGAUAUUCUCGGCAGGAAAUGCUCUUUGGUGAUAGCUAAUAUUACAGCAAUGACUUCUGCAAUCUUGAUGAGUGGUCAACGUAUUAUAAACAGCCUCGAAUUCACCUUUUUAUCUCACUUGUUCACUGGAUUAUCUUCAGGUUUCAUUUUAAGUUUUGUUCCUUUAUAUGUGGGUGAAAUAGCCCCGAGGAACUAUCGAGGAGCCAUGAUUUUCAUACACCAGUUCUGUUUAAAUAUCGGCAUCCUGUUGUCUCAGAUAUUUGCAGUAAAGGAAUUUCUAGGAAACGUGUCAGGUUGGUCUGUACUGAUGGGUUUGGCAGGAAUUCUACCCUUGAUUCAACUGUUUCUACUGCCCUGCAUACCUGAAACUCCAAGGUACUUAAUGAUUUAUAAGAAAAAUGAACGGCAAGCAAGAAAAGUCCUGCAGAUGCUAAGAGAGACAGAUGAUGUGGAAGAUGAAAUGGAAGAACUGUAUCAGGAGGACCUCGCUGAGGGUAAUAACAAAAACAUGACUCCGCUGAAAUUAAUCAGGACUCAAAGUAUGCAACUGCAAAUCAUCACUAUAGUUGUCAUCACAGCUGGUUCACAGCUCAACGGCAUAAGUUUGAUGCAAAUUAAGAACUACAGCUGUGCCAUCUUUUGGCCCUUCAGUAUAGGAACCCUUAUAUACAUCUACAAAAUGGUUCCAGAGACCACGAAGCAAACUUUCCCUGAAAUCAAGAGAGUCAUGUCAAUGAAGACAGCCAAGAGGUUCCAUUCCAGAGAGUCCAGGAGAAAACUGAACCUCAGAAGACAUGUCUGA